UCAUCAACGAUGCGAUUAUUAUCCUCUCGAUCCAACGGACCCAAAACACUCUCUUUCUUUCUCUCUCGCCGCGACUUCUCCUCCGAUUCUCUGUUCGCCGUUUCCCGAUUUCUUCCUGAGGUCGAUCUGAGAUGGCGGAUUCCGACAACGAUUCAGGCGGUAACAAAGACGGAGGUAGCGCGUCGACGCGUGAGCAGGAUAGAUUCCUCCCGAUUGCAAACGUGAGUCGGAUCAUGAAGAAAGCAUUGCCUGCGAACGCUAAAAUCUCCAAGGACGCGAAGGAGACUGUCCAGGAGUGCGUAUCGGAAUUCAUUAGUUUCAUCACCGGCGAGGCCUCCGAUAAGUGUCAGAGAGAGAAGAGGAAGACAAUCAACGGGGACGAUCUUCUCUGGGCGAUGACCACGCUAGGGUUCGAGGAUUACGUGGAGCCAUUGAAGAUCUACCUGCAAAAGUACAGGGAGGUGGAAGGGGAGAAGACGACCACGGGGAGACAAGGGGAUAAGGAAGGCGGCGGUGGAGGAAACGGAAGCUCUGGCGGCGGCGGCGGAUUAGGAGGAGGAGGAUAUAAUGGCGGAGGAGCUACGACGGCGGGCGGAGGGAUGUACGGUGGGAUUGUGACGAUGGGGCAUCAUCAUCAAGGACACGUGUACGGCGGUGGAGGAUUACAUCACACGCAGCAAAGCGGGUCCGCACGUGCUGAUUAAUUAAGAACAAACACGAUUGGGGAAAAAUUGAUUAAUAAAAAACACAAUAUAUUGGAACAAAUUAGUAGAAUCAGGAACUCUCUCUGCUCUCUCCUUGCGCAGCUCUGACUCCGUUAACAUAAUGGCUCAAGCUUUAGAUUCACAGGAGAAUACUAUAAUGCAAUCCGCGGCAAGAGGCCUUGAAGAGAUAAAGAAUGAUGAAGAAAUCUGUUCCCUUUGUUCCUUCUUAAAGCCUACUUAAUUCAUCAUGAAACAAUGGGGGUUGUAUGCUGUCUCUGGCUGUUUUGACCAAGACAGUCGACUUCUUGUUCAGAUCACUGACCAAUCUUGCUCAGAAGCAUAGAUAAAGAAACGUUCUCAAAGGUAGCCACAGUCUUCAUCAUCAGCUACUUCUACUACAAGUGCAUCAUCGGCUACAUCAGACAGCACGGAAUUUACUAUUAACCAUUGUCUAAUAGUAGAUACUAAUAACCAUUGUAUCUACUAUUAACCAUUGUCUAGGCCACACUGGAAAGAUAUAAGAGUUUUAGGAGGCAAAACCAGAAUUCCUGUUUCUGAUCCUUCUUAUUUGAACUGAAAUUUAUUAGUCAAUGAGUCAAUAACUAGAGAUUAAUCUA